AUGAAAUCUAUUAAUAUGAUUAAUUAAUAGGAAUAGAUAGUAUAGUAAUUUGAGAGAGUAGAUAGUAAAAUGAUAGGAAUGUGUUUAAAUUUAGAAUGUUAAGAAUAAGAUUGUUACUUUAAUGAAUAAUAAUUAAGAGAUCAUUAAAAAGUUAAUUAAUGCAGAGAUUAUUGUAAAAUGAUUGAUGAAAUUGAAUUAAUAUUAGAAUACUUAAUAUAUGAACUUAAAUAAUAAUAAUUGAUUCAAACUGAUUAAUAAAUAGAACUAGCAAAUUAUCAACCAAUAUUAUCUAAUUUAAAUUAAUAAUAAUAUAAAUUGAUAACAUCUCAAGAUAUUUAAUAUUUAAAGAUUCAAUAUAAUAUUUUAAAUAAACAAAAGGAUCAAAAUAAAAUCAUACAAUAUUGUUUAUAAUAAGGAAUUCAAUUAAUUGAAUAACAGAAUUGGCAUAAAGCAUUAUUAUACUUUACUAAGAUAUCAAAAUAAUAAUAAAAAAAUGAUAUUGCAUUAUUCUAUUUAGGUGUAAUAUUAUUAGAAUUAAAUGAAUGUUCUAAAUCAGGAAAAAUGAUUGAAAAAUUAAAAACAGAAUAUCCAACCUUUUUUGAAAAUUAAAUUACAACAAUGACAAAAGACUAAUCAAUUAAUCAAAAUAAUUUAGCUUAGUUAUUAUUAAUAGGACAUUCCUUAUUUCAAACUAAAGAAUAUCAUUCAGCAAUUGAUAUAAGUGAUAGGAUCUUAUAAAUUGAUAACGAUAAUAUUAAUGGUUUAAUAGGAAAAAUUGGAUCAUUAAUAAUGUUAUAAUAAUUUGAAUAAGCUAUUCAAGUUUAAAAUAAUUGUUUAAAAACUAACAUAAACAAAAGUGUGUUAAUACUUUUUUAAGGAUUACUUCUAACUAAAUAAGGAUAAUAUAAUUAAGCAAUGACAUUUUUUAAUCAUGCAAUUUAAAUAGAUCCAAAAUUUGCUGAUGCUUAUUACCUUAUAGCAAACUUAUAUCUUGAUUAAAAAAAAUUCGAAGAUGCAAUCAUUUAUUUUGAUAAAACAAUUGAUCUUGAUCCAUAUCAUGCUGAAGCAUUUAAUAAUAAAGGAGUAGCACUGAAACAAUUGAAAAAAUAUGAAGAAGCAUUCAUUUGUUUUGAGAAAGCUAUUUAAUCUGAUCCUAAUAAUCCAUUUGGUCAUUACAAUAAAGGCUGUUCAUUAAUUAAAACCAAAAACUAUGUAGAUGCUAUUAUUUGCCUAAAUAAUGCACUUAAUCUUAAUCCAACUUGUUCAUCACCAUAAUAUGAAAUAGGUUUAUCAUUUUAUUAUCUAAUUAAUAGGAGUGUGUUUAAAAGCCCUAAAUUAGAUAAAAAAGACUAUCAUCAAUUAUAGGAUGAGGAUAUGUAACACCCAACUUGA